UAAAAAAAACAUGCCUCGCAAUAGAUAACGCAAAUGGCCCGCCCACAUAACUCUACCGAAGGUUUGUCCAGCCUAUAUUAGGAAUAGGACGGUUUGCAUGGCCGUGUGUAGAAACCUCGCGCCUGCAUGAGUAUGCUUGAGUUCGCUUAAAUACUGAUUCGAAGUUUCUACUCUGCCAUUGCGUUUGCUGACUCAAGUCAUUUGGUCUCCAUCCAGAACCGCCGGGCCACCACUGUCUUUUAUAGAGCUACAGCGCCUCUGUAUCCCUCAGCCUUGUUUCCCUUUUUUCGUUCAUUCCAUCGAUAAGUCCCUUCAGUUGAGUCCCUCUAACUUUUUAUAGAUCAUGGAAUCAUUCACACAAGCGAAACAAGACCAUUUGACCCGGGCCUAUAAUGCCUUGUCUGGAGCCGACAAGGACUCCUUCUAUGCACAGCUCUCGCAGAUUGACAACCCCAAGCGCCUCGUUGACACUGUGGAAAGCGCCAUCAGCCACUCAGCUAGUACUUCUGCGUCACGUGAGUACGCCCAGCUUCCGGCAACGUCCACUGGAUCUGUGUUGGACCACAACGCCGCCGAGGCGAAGGAUUGGGAGUCACGUGGCCUUGCUGCGAUUGCACACAACGAAGUGGCCGUUUUACUUUUGGCUGGUGGACAGGGCACGCGUCUAGGAUCGCUGGAUCCAAAGGGCUGUUUCGAUGUUGGCUUGCCCUCUGGAAAAUCCCUUUUCCAGGUUCAGGCAGAGAAAAUCCGCAAAAUCCAGGCUUUGGCUUCGGACUCCGCUGUCGUGCAGUGGUACAUCAUGACCUCUGGCCCCACGAGAGACGCCACAGAGGGAUACUUCAAGAAGAACGGCUACUUCGGCUUGAAAGAAGAGCAGGUCACGUUUUUUAACCAAGGAACAUUGCCCUGUUUCGACGCAGAAGGCAAGAAGAUCUUGUUGCAGUCUCCGUCGUCUAUCUGCGAGUCUCCAGAUGGGAAUGGUGGCUUGUAUAAGGCCAUCCAAAAGGCUGGGAUUUUGCAGGACAUGAAGAACAAGGGCAUUAAGCAUGUGCAUAUGUACUGCGUCGACAACUGUCUUGUCAAAGUGGCUGACCCGGUGUUCUUGGGUUUUGCUAUCGAGCGCAAGUUCGAAUUGGCCACAAAAGCCGUCAGAAAGAGGGAUGCAUUCGAGUCUGUGGGGCUCAUUGUGCUUGACAAGAAUGCUCAAAAGCCAUGUGUCAUUGAAUACAGCGAGAUCUCGCAAGACUUGGCCCAGAAAACUGAUCCUCAAGAUGCUAGUAAGUUGUACCUCCGCGCAGCAAACAUCGUAAACCACUACUACUCCGUUGAUUUGCUCGACACGAUGCUUGAAAAGUGGACAUCGUCGCAAGAGUUUCUCCCUUUCCAUAUUGCCAAGAAAAAGAUCCCUUGCUACAACAUGGAAACGGGCGAGUAUGUGAAACCCACGGAGCCAAACGGCAUCAAGUUGGAGCAGUUUAUCUUCGAUGUAUUCUCGUCGGUGGACUUGGCGAAAUUUGGGUGUUUGGAAGUCGAGCGUUCCGAGGAGUUCAGUCCUCUCAAAAACUCGAACGCCGCCUCUAACGACAACCCCAACUCAUGUAAGAAGCAUUACUUAGAAUUGGGCACCAAGUGGGUCAGAGAAAAUGGGGGUCUUGUGCCUGAAGGUGCCACCGUUGAAGUUUCUGCUCUCACAAGCUAUGCGGGAGAAAACUUGGAGUUCGUGAAAGGCCGUCAGUUUACCGAUGGUGAGCAAUUGUGAAAAGCCUUAGCAUACAAAUAGACAACCAAUAUACAAUUUAGACAUUGUGGU